UUCCAUUCCCGCCACCCACGUGGCAAAAUGAGGGGGAGGGCGCCACGUGGCGAGGCCCCUCAAUUCCAGAGCCGGCUUCGAUGGCUUUUUGAUUUUGACCUCGUUUUCGGCCGGCGAAAGCUCGCAUCUUCGGCGCGAAACCGACACAAGAGACGAGAGGAAAAUUGCAAGCGAAAACGUACGAAAAAAAAAGAGAAAGCUAAUCGAUGGAAAAGGAGAGAGACAGAGAACGAGGUCAACAGUAUUCUUCUUUGUCUUUACGUUUGAUGUCGAAACUGAGCUCGACAAUGUCCUUGGGCUUUCUCUCUCGCUUCUCUCGCUCCAUGACAGACCAGCAGGAGAUGAAACCGAUUUAAGAUCUCUCUCUCUCUCUCUGUCUCUCCACCCUUCGCUUCUGUUUUGUCCUUUCUUCGCUCUCUGCCAACUUUUUAUUCUCUCCUCCUUCCUUCCACGAGACAGAGGUGUCUCUGCACGACUAACUAGUGCCCACCCUCUCUCUCUCCCGCUCUCUCUCUCUCUCUCUCGCUGAGUUAAAGCAGAGGUGGGCUCUGCUGGUGCGCUCUAUUCUGUUCUGUUCUGUUCUGGGUUGUGUCAAUUUCUUGAAGGAACUCACGGGACUUCCACCGUAGGCCCUCUUUAAUUUCCCUCACAAUCUUGCACUGACUUUUACUGUUCUUCGGUACAUUUGUAUUUUGCGCGAAAGAUUUGCUUUUUCAUGUUUGUACAUUUAAAGAAGAGAUGUUCGUUUCUGUUUAUGGCAUUCUUGAUGUCUUUCGGCUUCUGGGUGUGAGCCAAAAUGAGCCAACUCGUGGUGGUGUUGCAGGAGCCGGACCCCAGAAAGCGACGGUCACCGACAACGGCGAUCCUUGGCCUGCUGAGGAGAGAGAAAAUGGACGGCUUAGAUCAGAUGAGGAGGAAGAAGACCCUGAAGGAACGGCUGGGAUUGGAAGGCAUGGGAUGCUGCGGCGGUCCAAUAUGGGGCUUCCGGUCCACCACCAUCAGCGUCCGAGACGACGACGAGGGCGACACCGAGAUCCACCACCAACUGCCCCAACAACCACCCCCUCGAUAUUCAGACCCCACGAGCCUAUCGGGUCCGGAACAGGCCUACGAUACGAUCGACCGGGUUCUGGAUCCAGGCUGCGGAGUGGCGGAGGCGCAGCCGGCCGGUUCGGCCAUGAACCUCGCGGCGGCGCUGGCGGCGGAGCGGCAAUACAGGGCGUCGCACGAGCCGGAGGGAGACGCGAACGGGACGAGGACCCGGCCGGACAGGGUCGCGGGGUUGACCGACCCGGGCACGCCGCUGAGGGUGUCGCUGAUGAGGCUGCUGGAGGAAACGGACGGCGUAUACGGGGAGGAGGGAACGGACGGCGGGGAUGGCGGUGGGGUGGGGAGCGAAGCGAUGUGCUGCGUGUGCAUGGGGCGGAAGAAGGGGGCGGCGUUUAUCCCGUGCGGGCACACCUACUGUAGGGUGUGCUCGCGGGAGCUGUGGUUGAACCGAGGGAGCUGUCCCCUCUGCAACCGCCCGAUCCUCGAGAUCCUCGACAUCUUCUGAAUCCGACGGUCCCCCCACACCUCUAUGUUCGCGAUUGCGUCAAUUUGCGGGGGAUUUUAUUUUUCCCUUUUUCUAUUUUCAAUUCUAUUGAUUUCAGCAAAAGUUGAAAAAAAAAAAAGCGAAUUUAAAGGCCAAAGGGAAAAGACAUGAAUGCUUUGUGGGUGAAUUUGGCGUUGCAACAUUAAACUUGGUCGGACCAAAUCCCCAGUUCAUUGUGGGACGAUAAUGUAUUAGCCAUGUAAUACGACCCAUGUUGACAAUAUACAAAUUACAUUGGAUUGAAGUGAUUGAAAUUGCCGAGGAAUUAUGUUCGAUU